AUGACGAGCAAAAAGGGUCAAACCUGGAGGAUUGAGGCAGAAAUUGAUAAGAAUCGCGAAGAAAACAACUGGAAGAAGGUUAUUGACUUGGCUGAUCAGCUCAAGACUCAUUGUCCUAAUAAUGAAUGUUUGGCGAAUUUUUUGGGAGGUGAGGCUAGAUUGGAAAGUUUUCUAGAGCAAACUCCACCUAUUGAAGCAAAUAUACCAAAGGCAAAAUCUGGCUUAUUAGAGGCAAAGAGAUUUCUGCUUCUUGCAGCAAAUGAGAAGGACAAGCAGGCUCCAGUGGCGUUGGAUGCACAACUUCUCCUUGGUAAAUUGCACUAUGCCAUGGGAAUGUACAGUGAAGCUGUGUUUCAUUACCAGGAAGCCGAGCUACAAUCUUUAACUGAAAAACAGUUGCCCAGUCGGAGUUUGCGUAUAGUGGCUGAAUCUUUUGCAAUAAAAGGCUUAUGUCUUGAAAAACUUCCUCCUACUUCAAAAUCCAAGUACAAAAUAUCCGAGUGGCAUAGCCAGAUGAUCAAGUGUUUUCAAACUGCUACCGAUAUAUCUUUGGUCUAUUUACAAGAACAAGAUAAAAUAGCAGUACAGCAACAAAAUGGGACCUUAACAAUUAACAGCAAUAACGUGGGAUCAUCGUCUCCUCAAUCCUCUAUUCAUUCUACAAAACAUAUGGGACCUAUUUUAGAAACUGCUCUACAGAGAGCACCUCUGAUACAUUUACAAGCUGGCAACAUCCAGGCUGCAAUAGAGUGUUACAGAGGCAUCCUUACUGCUCUUGAGACUACAGCGACUCAAAGCUUGAGGCUAUCAUUAACAAGGCAGUUGGGAGAGAUUUUGCUGCGAGGAAUGAAAGGUAUCACGUAUACUACACCCGAAUCGCCAGCUGAAAAAAUAGGAAAUAAGAAAAGUGCAGCCCCUGAAUCUCCUUGGAAGCCCAAAAAGUACUCUGGAAUAAAUUUAUUUGUUCCAAAAAAUGAAUAUGAAGAAAUGAUUUUAUUAUUGUUAAUAAGCGAAGCAAUGGCUGUGAGAGACGCAGUUCUCAGUCAGUCUCCAGAAUUUAAAGAAGCAAGAGCUCGUGCUUUUGAAAAUGCCACUGCUAUUUACGAUCUUCUUACUAUUGGAGUUGUCAGAUGGAGUCAAGUAGAAGUUUUGCAUGAGUCAUUUGAAAGAGCAAUGAAAUUUUCGCAUGGUGAAGUGCAUGUUUGGAUGCAGUAUGCUUUAUGCUUAAUUAGUUUAGGACGAUACGUUCAUGCAUAUUCCGUCUUACAAGUUGUAAUAAAACUUGCGCCAACCAAAGUAAUGCCCUGUUUACUGGCUGCAAGACUGUGUUAUGAACAUUUGAACAAGGUUGCCAAAGGAAUUGAAUGGAGUCAAAAAGCAUUGCAACGAGAAAUGGCUAGCCCACAAGGCUUACAAUCGCGCUGUCAUCUUAAUAUUGGCAUUGGAAAUAGUAUACUGAGUGCAAAAACAAUAGUCAAGAAAGAUAAAAUAGAACACAGUCAUGCAGCCUUUGACUCUUUUAGCAAAGCUCAACAAUGCGAUCCAAAUGAUCAUUUAGCAGAGUAUUACCUAGCUCACGAAUAUGCAAUGAAUAGACAAAUGUCCGAAGCCAUGACGCACGUAAAAAUUGCUUUAAGCCUGAGGGCAGAACACAUUCCGUCACUGCAUUUGUUAGCACUGUUACUUACGGCCCAAAAACAGUAUACCGAAGCUCUAAACUUAGUCAACAGUAUUUUAGAGGAAUAUCCUGAUAACUUAAAUAUUUUGUAUGUCAAAGCAAAUUUAGAACUACACAGUGUUGGUGGGGAAGAAGCUCUUUUUACAAUCAAACACAUGCUUUUCCUUUGGAAGAAUUUGUACGAAGAUCAAACAAGCGUGGAUAUUAACGAGCAACAAAGUGAAAAGCGUAGCGAAACGAGAAGCGUCUUCCAAAUGUACACAACAGAGAUGUCGGACAAGGAUUCCAAUUCCAUUCAUGCACAAUCACUGGCUGCCUCAAGAGUAGAGCAAGCAUUGUCGGAAGUUGCAUCGUCACUUAGUUCCUUUGUUCCAAAACCUGGACCACAACGAGCGUGGCUACUACAACUACAAGUGUGGCUAUUACUAGCUGAAGUGUUCAUAGUCUUGAACCAUCCUAAGGAAGCGAUAUUAUCCAUUCAGGAAGCGGCAAAUAUAUUUCCACUGAGCCAUCACAUAAUGUACACUCGCGGACUGUUGCACGAAUAUAAAACGGAGUACGCGGAAGCCAAGCAGUGCUACCAAAAUGCAAUUUCAAUUAAUCCUUCUCACGUUAAAAGUCUGCAACAUCUGGGUUUAGUCUAUCAUUAUCUCGGAUGUCAACGUUUGGCUGAAAAAACUUUACGAGAUGCUGCAAAGAUUGAUCCCAUGUCUUACCUAACAUGGUACAAUUUGGGAAAGGUUUUGGAAUCACUUGGAGAAGUUAAAGCUGCAAGUGACUGUAUGGAAACAGCUUUGGAAGUUGAAACAUGUAAUCCAAUUCUUCCCAUUUCAUCAAUAUCAGUGACUUUUGAAUAA